AUGUCAUACACAGUGCCCCCAAACUCGUAUUUGGCUGCUGACGGCCGCGUCUAUUCCAACGACCAUUUAUACGUUCUCGAGAACAACCGUUGGGUCCCCUGCACGCAAUCAGGAGCCAAUAGCGCAUCAACGCAGCCAUCUGGAACUGUGGUCGGGACUGUUUCUGCUCAAGACAUUGCUGCAGCCAUACAGGCGCAGUGGGAAGGUUCAGUGGCUGCCACACAGAUGUCACCGCAUCAAACACCUGGACUGAACUGGCGGCCAACAGGGGAGCCAGCCGUGCCAGCUUUUGAUCUCGAUCCAAGCAUUCGAGCGGCCAAAGAUCCUUGGAACAAAGCUUUCGUUGCAUCCUUUGAUAGCUUAACAGGUCGCAAAGCCUAG